UUCUACAUCCUUAGCUAACUGCAAUGAACUCGCAUGGUGAUUUUCUUCAACCCUCAUCAGAAGAUGCUCCUGUCGAGGUGUUAACUUCCAUUAACGGUCUGGACAUCUCUGUGAGAUGGUUGCAGUUCCAUCUUUGUUAAAUUAUUGUUUCGCUUUUUCUACAGUAUUCUGACUGAUAAGUAAAGCUUUGCUGAUCUUCUUGUAACCUUCAUCAUUCUUGUGUAAAGAAAUUAUUUUCUUUCUCAGGCCUUUUCUUUUCCAUGUGGUGCCAUUGCUGACAGCAU